AUGCAUCGCAAAGGUCGUCCGCAAGGAAGAGUAGUGGUAAUUGUUGCCGGUGAACUACAACCCGUGGUUGGGAAACUGGUGUUGUCCCGCCUCUUGGAUGAGCUGGUCGGGAUCUUCUGCGCUGGGUACAAGGCAGAUUCCACCUCACGGACGACCGUCGUCUAUAAAGAGACUACAAUUCCAGCCAAAUGGCAGAACUGA